CACGAAAAAUUCAUGCGCAAAGCCAUCGAAAUGGCCGAAUUCGCCCUCGCAUCCGACGAGACGCCCGUGGGCUGCGUCUUCGUGCACAACGGAGAAGUGAUAGGCAGAGGCAUCAACGGCACGAAUGCGUCGCUCAAUGGCACCCGGCACGCCGAAUUCGUCGCCCUCGCCGAAAUCAUCGCCAAACACCCGCAGUCCAUCCUCCACGCCACCGACCUCUACGUCACCGUCGAGCCAUGUAUCAUGUGCGCCUCGGCGCUGCGACAGUACGGCAUCCGCGCGGUCUACUUUGGGUGUCUGAACGAUCGCUUCGGCGGCUGCGGUGGGGUCAUGAAUAUCCACGCCGACGAAGGGGUGGAUCCGGGGUACCCGGUGUAUGGAGGACUUUUCCGUGAGGAGGCGAUUAUGUUGUUGAGGAGGUUUUAUGUGCAGGAGAAUGAGAAGGCGCCGGAACCGAAACCCAAGAAGAAUCGAGAACUGAAGACG